UCCCACAGCGCGACUUCAGAAAGUCAGAGCUGCGGUCAGUCGGUUUGUGGCAGAGACUGGGUCGAAUCUCAGCAGCUUCAGUCAGAAGGGGACGAGCACACACACACACACACACGUACGGGAGUAUCAGAGUAGCACUCCUGCUGUUCGGAAACCUAAACGAGCAUCUGCACACAAUGCUCACUUUGCUCCUGCUGUUUCUCUGUGGCUUGAUAACCACUCUUGCUCAAGAACCUGAUUACCCCCAUGGAUGUACUCAUGGAAGUUGUUACCCAGCAACUGGUGACCUCCUGGUGGGUCGAGAGAAGAACCUGAGAGCUUCGUCUACUUGUGGCCUCACAAAGAGAGAACCCUACUGCAUCGUUAGUCAUCUACAGGAGGAGAAGAAAUGUUUCCAGUGCGAUUCACGCAGACCAUACAAUUCUGUGUACAACACCAUCAGUCACCGUAUCGAGAAUGUCAUCACCAGCUUCAGACCAGACCACAAGAAGUGCUGGUGGCAGUCUGAGAAUGGCAAGUCUGAUGUUUACAUUCAGUUGGACCUCGAAGCAGAGUUUCACUUCACUCACCUCAUCAUGACUUUUAAGACAUUCCGUCCUGCAGCCAUGUUGAUUGAGCGAUCUGCAGAUUUUGGACGUACCUGGCAGGUGUAUCGCUACUUUUCCCAUGACUGUGCAUCGGACUACCCUGGAAUUUCUCAGGGGCCACUCCGCAAUGUCGAUGAUCUCAUCUGUGAGUCACGUUAUUCAGACAUUGAGCCAUCCACUGAAGGAGAGGUAAUCUUUAGAGUUCUGGACCCUGCUAUCCGAAUUGAAGAUCCAUACAGUACUCGCAUUCAAAACCAGCUGAAAAUCACCAACUUGCGUGUGAACUUUACAAAGCUGCACACACUGGGAGAUGAUCUACUGGACUCACGGAUAGAGAUCAACGAGAAGUACUACUAUGCCAUAUAUGAGCUAGUUGUCAGGGGCAACUGCUUCUGCUAUGGCCAUGCUUCUGAGUGUGCACCCAUUGAUGGGAUAAGGGAUGACGUCCAACUCAUGGUGCAUGGGAGGUGUGUGUGUAAGCACAAUACAAAAGGGUUGAACUGUGAGCAGUGUAAUGAUUUUCAUAAUGAUCUGCCCUGGAAACCAGCUAAGGGUCGCAACACCAAUGCCUGCAAGAAGUGCAACUGUAAUGGCCACGCCAACAAGUGUCACUUCGAUAUGGAGGUGUAUCUGGCCACGGGGAACGUCAGUGGAGGUGUGUGUGAUGACUGUCUUCACAACACCAUGGGCCGCAACUGUGAAACCUGUAAACCCUUCUUCUACCAGGACCCGGUGAGAGAUAUCCGAGACCCCCAUGUCUGUGUAGCUUGUAAUUGUGACCCAGAUGGCUCUGUAAAUGGUGGUUUGUGUGAUGGGCAUGACGACCCCACUCUGGGCAUGAUUGCUGGUCAGUGUCGCUGUAAGGAGAAUGUGGAAGGCCCUCGCUGUGACAGAUGCAAGUCUGGCUUCUUUGGCCUGAGUGCUAACAACCCACAAGGCUGCCAGCCCUGUAGGUGUGAUCCCAGGGGAACAGUCUCUGGCAGGCCCCAGUGUGGCCCUGUUCGAGGAAACUGCUUCUGCAAGCGCAUGGUCACUGGGCGUACCUGCAACCAAUGCCUGCCAGAGCACUGGGGCUUAAGCCAUGAUGCUAGUGGCUGCAGAGCAUGUGAAUGUGAUGUAGGUGGAGCUAUAGAUAACCAGUGCUCAAUGGAGUCAGGCCAGUGUCGCUGCCGCAAUCACAUGAUGGGCCGCCAGUGCAACCAAGUAGAGAGUGGGUAUUUCUUCAUGGCCCUGGACUACUAUAUCUAUGAGGCUGAAUUUGCCAAACUUGGUCAGGGAUGCAGUGUUGAGGAGAGGGAGUGGCAGUCGGGUCGACCAGUUUCUUGGACGGGCACUGGGUUUGCACGAGUUCCUGAAGGAAGCAGUCUGGAGUUCUUCAUCAACAACAUUCCUUAUUCCAUGGAGUAUGACGUUCUUAUCCGCUAUGAGCCUCAGAUGCCACAAGACUGGGAAGAGGUGCGUGUAAAAGUUAUUAGGCCUGGUUCAAUUCCCACCAGCAGCCCAUGUGGAAACACCAUCCCUGCAGAUGAUCUACUGACUGUCUCCCUGCCCUCUGGAUCCAGGUUCAUGGUUCUGCCCCGGUCUGUGUGUUUGGAGAGAGGAGUGACGUAUACACUCCGUCUGGAGUUUAUCAGCUAUGCAGACAAAAAUAGCAUUCCUGGCUUUAGCAAUGCCAACAUCCUGAUAGACUCGAUUGCCCUGCUCCCUCGGUACAAUUCCCUGGACAUGUUUGUAGUGGGUGACCCUGCCUCUAUCCUUCGGAAGCAAAGUUAUGAGCGUUACCGCUGCCAUGAGAGUGCGAAGAGUGUGUCCCGCCCAGCCAUGAGUGAAGUGUGCGCCAAACUUAUCCUUAGCAUGUCAGCCAUCAUUAACGACGGAGCACUGCCUUGCCAGUGUGACCCCCAGGGUUCACUCAGCUCUCAAUGUGAUGUGCGUGGAGGUCAAUGUCCCUGUAGGCCUAAUGUAAUUGGCCGGCGCUGUGAUAGGUGUGCUCCAGGAAGCUAUGGUUUUGGUCCUGCUGGAUGCAAAGCAUGUGAAUGUAGUCAGGAGGGCUCUCGCAGUAAGUUCUGUGAUCAGCACACAGGACAGUGUUCAUGCCUGCCAGGAGCAUUCAGCCAGCGUUGUGAUGGCUGCCAGGCUGGACAAUGGGGCUUUCCCAACUGCAGGCCAUGUCAAUGUAAUGGACACACAGAGGAAUGCCACCAAAGAACUGGUGUCUGUCUCAACUGCAGGGGCCACACGGCUGGGGACCAGUGUGAAAAGUGUGCUAAUGGAUACUAUGGAAACCCAGUGUUGGGUUCAGGAAGCAGGUGUCAGCCAUGCCCUUGUCCAGAUGGACCGGAGAGUGGACGUCACUUUGCUGCCUCCUGUUACCAAGACAACCAUAGCAGACAGGUGGUCUGCAACUGUAAACAGGGCUACACCGGUGCACGCUGUGAGGACUGUGCCCCUGGUUACUAUGGUAAUCCCUCUCAACCUGGUGGCCGCUGCCAGCCAUGUCGCUGUAGUAACAACAUCGACAUAUCAGAUCCUGAGUCAUGUGACAGGCGGACUGGGGAGUGUCUCAGAUGUCUCUACAACACUGAGGGACCUGAGUGUGCAGUGUGCAAGAGUGGCUACUACGGGGAUGCAUCUCGUCGCAACUGCAGGAAGUGCACUUGCAACUUCUUGGGUACAGAGCACAGUCAGUGUCUAUCCCGAGAUGACUGUCUGUGCCAGCGUGCCACAGGACAGUGCCAGUGUCUGCCUCAUGUAAUCGGACUCACCUGUGACCACUGCACACCAAACUACUGGAACCUGGCCAGUGGCCAUGGGUGUGAACCCUGCAACUGUGACCCUUACAAUGCCUACACUUCAGCCUGCAAUGAGUUCACAGGCCAGUGUCAGUGUCGUGAUGGCUUUGGUGGAAAGACUUGCAGGGACUGCCAGGAGAACUUCUGGGGUGAUCCCAGAAUCCUCUGCAGAGCUUGUGACUGUGACCCUCAGGGCAUUGAGACCUCCCAAUGUGACCGUUUGACAGGUCACUGCACUUGCCGGAAGGGUGUAUCGGGUGUCCGUUGUGAUCACUGUGCCCGUGGCUUCUCAGGCACUUUUCCAGCUUGCCAGCCUUGCCACCAGUGUUUUGGGGACUGGGAUCGCAUUGUCCAAGAUCUAGCUGCUAGGACUAAGGCCCUUGUAGCCCGGGCUCAGGAGAUACAAACCACAGGCCUGACUGGAGCCUAUGAGAAGCAUUUUAAGAAGCUGGAAGAGAAGCUGGCACAAGCACAGGACAUUGUUAAUGCCCGUAACGCCACUGCUGAAGCUGUGACCAAGCUAAUGGGCAUGAUAGAGUACCUCAGGUCUCGCAUUGGUGAGACAACAGACACCUUGACCCAGCUGGAGGGAGACCUAACUGUAGUGCAGGACAGCAACUAUGAGGCCAGCAAUCAGCUGAGCUCACUAGAGCGAGAAGCCAAAGAACUCAACCUCAGCUCCGAGAGGCUCAACAACCAGCUUAACAUCCUCAAAAAUUCCAACUUUUUAGGUGCUUACGAUAGCAUCCGUGCCUCUUACAACAAGUCACGUGAUGCAGAGCGACGCACCAACCAGUCCACUACUGACAUUCCAAGCACUGUAAGCCAAUCAGCAAACACCCGCAAGAAGACAGAGCAACUAAUGGCAAUAAAUAAAAAUGACUUCAACCGUAAGAAUGCUGCGAACAAGCGAGCCCUCACUGACCUGAAUACAAAAGUCCAGAAUCUGGAUAUAAAGAAGAUCAAUGAGAAGGUAUGUGGAGCUCCAGGUGAUGUCCCAUGUUCAGAGAGCCCUUGUGGUGGUGUUGAUUGUCGUGAUGAUGAGCGCAGACACUGUGGAGGGCUGAACUGUAAUGGAGCUGUUGCUGUGGCUGACAAUGCCCUGGAGAGAUCCAAACAUGCAGAAAAAGAGCUCAUUAAAGCCAUGGGACAAGUGGGGGACCUUUUCAAGCAGGUGGCUGAUGCCAAAACAAAAGCUCAGGAGGCCAAGGAUAAAGCCCAGGCUGCUCUGAUGAAAGCCAGCGAUACCAAGGACAAAGUGGAACAAUCUAACAAUGACUUGCGUGACCUCAUCAAACAGAUUCGUGCCUUCCUUAUGCAAGAGGGAGCUGACCCAGACAGUAUUGAGGCUGUGGCAAAUCAGGUUCUUGAGCUGUCUAUUCCAGCCUCACCCCAGCAAAUCAAACACCUCGCUGAUGAAAUAAAAGAUCGUGUCAGAAGUCUGUCCAACGUCGAUGCUAUUCUUGACCAAACUCAGGAUGAUGUGCGCAAAGCAGAACACCUACUGACGAAAGCCAGAAAUGCCAAGAAUAAAGCAGACAGAGUGAAGAACACAGCAGACAGUGUGAAACAGGCACUCGAUGGUGCUCGUAAAGCCCAGGCAGCUGCUGCGAGGGCUAUACAGAGAGCAAGGGAUGACAUUGGCAUGACUGAGGACCGAUUGGCUCAGAUUCAGUCUGAGACAUCGGCUAGUGAAAAAGACCUGAAUGAUGCCAUGAACAAGCUGGGGCAUCUGGGACAUCAGAUAAAAGCCUUAAAGGCCAAACAGGCCAACAAUAGCAUGGUUGCAGCUCGAGCUAAGGACACUGCCACCAUGGCACAAAACAAGGCUAAUGAAGCAAAACAGGAUCUAGAUGGUGAACUUUCAGAUAAAUACCGCACUGUUCAAGAUCUAGUUGGCAGGAAGGCAAGCGCAGUGCAGAAUGCCAAGAACAAAGCAGAGCAACUAAGAGGUGAAGCAAAGCAGCUGCUUAAGGAUGCUCAAGACAAACUGCAUAGACUAGCAGAACUUGAGAAAGACUAUGAGGAGAAUCAGAAAACGUUGCAGGCCAAAGCCAGGCAGCUUGAUGGCCUGGAGGACAAAAUGAAGAUGAUUCUGAAUGCCAUCAACAAGCAAAUCCAGAUCUACAAUACCUGCCAGUAAACUGCCUGCCAGUAUCUACAAGAGCAGAGGAUACAAAAGUGGCUCUAGUCAAGACUUUGAAUACUUAGGACAAGCACUACUACUUAUUAUUAUUAUUAUUAUUAUUAUUAUUAUUAUACAUAGUAGUAUAGUAGUAGUAGUAGUAGUAGUAGUAUUUCUUAAUUAUAAUAAACCAGCAAUGAUGUUCUGAUAUUGGCCAACAUAACAUACAAGACAUAUCUUUUGUGAGGUAGAUUUUAGCAAACUGGAUCUGUAAAAGACAGAGGUUGGAAAAAUGCAAAAUAAUGAAGGCACCCCAGCUGUUGCCAAGCUUUCUCAUGGAAAUUCUUCAAAGUUCUAAGCCAUACCUGAUACCUGAUCGCUCUACUUCUCAAGAAAUUAACAAGAACAGUAAACUGCUCAUAAGGGAGAUCCCUAGAACGAAGUUGGCUAACAAAUGAAAUCUGCUUUCAUCAUGAAUCAUGAAGUGAUGCAAUCCUCUAUAGCAAGGUGUGAGCUAUACUGGAGGCGCUACUUCUGUAACAGUCUUCUUCUUUCAAUACUUACUACUCACUGUUUGGAAAAAAGAGAUCAAAUGAAUUCAUCCUCAAUUCAUUAAAUCAAUUCACUCUCA